AAAAGACACUGUGUCACUGUCAAUAGCCAAUAUGUAAUGACUUCAUGCCUUUAUAAAAAAAAAAAAAAUGGUUUAAAAGCAACUGAGAAAAAGAAGAAACAAGGCAGCUUUGCAUCAACGCCAUUCAAGUCUUUGUUUGAUUUUUCAAAGUUUGCUAAAACUUCAAACAUAAUAAAAGAUACAGACAGUCUUGAGUCAAAGUCUUCAACAAUAUAAUAAAAGAACGCGUCUUAUACACAUUGUACUGAUAUGUAAAAGUAUACAACAAACAACAAUACACAAAGUUUACCUUUGACGGUUCUCUGUCUGGCUCCCCCUCCCCCAUUCUACACUUUUGGUUGCCGUCCUUUCGCCAAAGGGGUUGGUCUUUGGUCGGUCACCACUCCACUCGAACAGGAUAUGCCAAAACCUUAUACUUCUGGGCCUGCAUCCUUCCUCAACCUACUUCCUUUUAUAUCUUCUUCAUAAUUACUAGUUGUAUGUAUAUCUCUCGUUAUUGUUACCAAUGAGGAUUUCACUCUUUUCAUGGCUUGUAGCAGUUUUCUUUAGCAUCAGUUUAGUUUUAGUUUCAGGCCAAUGUCAAAGCGAUCAGAGACAGUUGUUGAUCGGAUUGAAAAACAGCUUCAAUUCUACUUCAUUAGGAAAGCUAGUGAAUUGGAAUCAAAGCACGGAUUGCUGUUCUUGGUAUGGAGUAAGUUGCGAUGCAGGUGGUCGGGUCGUCGGCCUUGAUUUGAGCAACCGAUUAAUUUCAGGUGCAAUUGACAAAUCAAGUAGUAUUUUCCGUCUUCAGCAUCUGCAGCGACUCAAUUUGGCUUAUAACAAACUCAUCUUCGUUUUUCCUCCUGGGUUUGACAAGUUUGCAAAUGUGAGUUAUCUUAAUUUGUCAAAUGCUGGCUUUAAAGGGCAAAUUCCAGCUGAGAUUUCACGCAUGACAAGGUUGGUUACUCUUGACUUAUCUGCAAAUUUAUAUCUCGGAGCGUACUUGAAACUUGAGAAGCCAAACCUGGAGAUGCUUGUUCGAAAUCUCACGAGGCUAAGAUUUCUCUAUCUUGACGGCGUAAAUAUAUCAGCUAGGGGAAAUGAGUGGUGUCAGGCGUUAUCGUCACUGACCAAUUUGCAAGUGUUGAGUAUGUCCAACUGUAAUCUUUCAGGACCUAUAGAUUCUUCAUUUUCCAAGCUUCGGUCUCUCUCAGUCAUCCGAUUGGACGCCAACAAAUUGUCUGCUCCGCUUCCAAAAUUCUUUGCAGAAUUCCGAAAUUUAACUUCCCUUCAUCUUAGUACUACUGGCCUGACUGGAAGAUUUCCAGAAGAAAUCCUGCAUGCAACUACAUUACAGACUCUUGAUUUGUCCAACAACAAAUUACUCCAAGGUUCUUUUCUAAAUUUUUCUCUGAAUGCAUCCCUUCAGACAUUGCUGCUUAGUGACACAAAUUUUGGGGGGCAACUACCAGAAUCUAUUGGUAACCUUGGAAAAUUGACAAGACUAGAACUUGCACGUUGCAAUUUCAGUGGACCAAUACCAGAAUCAAUGCUCAAACUUACACAGCUUGUCUAUCUGGAUUUUUCAUCCAACAAUUUUUCUGGUCCAUUGCCAUCGGUCUCAUCAUCAAGAAAUCUUACACAGUUAAAUGGCACAAUUCAUUCCACUGAUUGGUCAGGGUUUUCUAAGCUAGUAAGUAUUGACUUACGAAACAACAACUUCAGUGGAACAAUCCCACCAACUUUAUUCGGCAUUCCAACACUGCAGAAGAUUUUACUUUCACAAAAUCAAUUCAGUGAUAGCCUUGUUAACCUCCAUCGUGAGCCCUCUUCGCUAGAUACUCUUGAUCUUAGUAGCAAUAAGCUACAAGGGCCACUUCCAAGGGUUGUAUUUGAACUCCAAGGUCUCAAGAUAUUGUCACUUUCUUCAAACAACUUCAGUGGUUUUAUACCACUAAGGGCCAUUCAGAACCUGAGAAAUCUUUCCAGUCUUGAUCUCUCGCAUAACCAGUUGUCUGUUAAUGCCAGUGAUACUAAUCCUUCCUUGCCUUCCUUCCUCAACAUUACCACAUUGAAGUUGGCUUCUUGCAACUUAACGAAAUUCCCUGAUUUCUUGAAAAAUCAGUCUAGAUUACUUUAUCUGGACCUUUCAAACAACAAUAUCCAUGGGAGAAUACCCAAAUGGAUUUGGGAAGCCAGAAGUCUUCGACACCUAAAUCUUUCUCAGAACUUUCUUGUAGAAUUCGAAGGACCUUUGCAGAAUAUAAAUUCUAGUCUUAGUGUUCUUGACCUUCAUGGCAAUCAGCUGCAAGGGCAAAUGCCAUUUCCUCCACGAUAUGCCACCUAUCUGGAUUACUCGAACAAUAAUUUCAGCUCUGUUUUACUGGCUGAGAUUGGUGAGUACCUCAGUUACACUUAUUUCUUCUCUCUCUCGAGUAAUAAAUUUCGAGGGAGUAUCCCCAGGUCGAUAUGCAGCAUUAUAUAUCUUAAAGUACUUGAUCUGUCUAAUAAUUCCCUGAGUGGGUCAAUCCCUCAAUGCCUGACUCAGAAGAGUUUGUCCCUUAGGGUGCUGAAUCUAAGGAGAAACAAUCUGAAUGGUGUAAUUCCUGAUACAUUUCCGCAAGGCUGUGGGUUACAAACUCUAGAUCUCAAUCGAAACUUACUGCAAGGAAAAGUUCCAAAAUCCUUGGCCAAUUGCAAAAUGUUGGAGGUUUUAGACCUUGGAAACAAUCAGAUCAAUGAUACAUUCCCAUGCCAUUUGAAGAGUAUAUCCACGUUGCGUGUUCUUGUUUUACGAGCCAAUAAAUUUUAUGGGAACAUUCAUUGCCUUGGGAAGAAGAGCCCCUGGCAGAUGCUUCAGAUUGUUGACUUAGCUUCCAACGGUUUUAGUGGUAGACUACAUGAAACAUGCUUGUUGACCUGGGAGGCCAUGCAAGCUGAUGAAGACGAGGCCCAAUCAAAGCUUAAACAUCUCCAUUUUAAGGUCCUACAAUUCAAUCAAUUUUAUUAUCAGGAUGCAAUAACAGUUACGGUCAAAGGUUUAGAGUUGGAGCUGCUGAAGAUUCUAACUGUCUUUACCUCCAUUGACAUUUCAUGCAACAAGUUUGGAGGGCCAAUACCAGAAGUGAUUGGAACAUUCAAAGCACUUUAUGUGCUUAACUUUUCACAUAAUGCUUUCACAGGGUCAAUUCCACCAUUUAUAGGAAACUUGUCACAGCUUGAAUCCUUAGACCUCUCAAGUAACACCUUAGAUGGUGAGAUCCCUUUCCAGCUAGUAAACCUCAAUUUCCUUUCAUAUCUUAACAUCUCAAACAAUAAGCUAGUAGGACCGAUCCCAACGGGCACCCAGCUUCAAUCAUUUUCAGAAGCUUCAUUUGAGAAGAACACAGGAUUGUGUGGGCCUCCUCUAAAAAUACAAUGUGCAAUUGCACCUACACAGGAAACACAUGCCGCACCAGAAUCUCGAUCAACAGAUGGAUUUGAUUGGCAGUUCAUAUUCAUUGGGCUGGGCUUUGGUGUAGGGGCAGCCGCAUUUGUUGCACCCUUAAUAUUUUGGAAGAGAGUAAGUAAAUGGGUUGAUGACAAUGUUGACAAAAUCCUUGAGGUCAUCCUUCCAAAGGUGGGUCUGACAUGCACACAUCCUGAUGAUGCAAAGGUUGAGGGAAAUGAAAAUCUUGAAGAAGACAACACGGGCAAUGAUGAUGAAAACGAAGAAAGCCAGGGUAAUCACGAAGAAUUUCGCGGGAGGUAUUGUGUGUUUUGCUCCAAACUUGACAAUACCCGGAAGAAAGCAAUUCAUGACCUAAAUUGUACCUGCUACGAUUCACCAUAUUUAUCUCCUUCUUCCAUCUCUUCUUCCUUUUCUCCUUAGACCCUUCAUUUUUUGUUUUGUUUGUAUGUUUUGUACAUAUAUACAUACAGAAAGAAUCAACACCCAGGAAAGGGGUUAUGAAGGAGAAAUGAACGUGUAAUUUCGGAUCCUCAGUAAAUAAUUCAAAGUAACUUUUCCUCUCAAUAUACUCAGUCACAGGAUCUGUCUGUUUUGUAUAACCCUGGAAAGGGGGUGAUGAGACUAAAAUGUAAUUAUGGAUCCUCAGUGAACAAUUCAAAGCAACUUUUCCUCUCAACAUACUCACACUCACAAGCUCUAUCUGCCUGCUACUUAACUUCCGUCAGAAGCAAAUACACAGUAGGACAAUAACAAUAAUUUUGGUUCAGGAAUCAUAGACUAGUUAAGAAAUUUAUGCACGAUAGAGAUCAGAAUUUUCAAAACCAGUACCUGAGUACCAAUAACACUAACGGAUUUUAGGAUACGACAAUUUUCCAUUCUCUUUAUGUGCAUAUGUCAAAGGCCUUGAAUCCGUCUACGCACCUAAAGGACAGCGCCCUCGUUCCUUCCCUUUCUAGUUCUUACACCAGUCCCGCACAAAAAACGUUUCCCUGUUCCUGAUCGGUC